AUGAGAUAUACUUGUGUGUUCUACCACGAUGGCUUCUUGGGCGAAGGUCAAAACACUGUUUUUCACGAGGCCAUUUCUCAUACUCUGUAAGACGAAUCAUAAGCCUCAACAAUCUUUGCAGUUGAUUUUUGUAAUAUUGUGCUUAUCUCGAAGCAAUCAAGCUUAAUUCAAGUAACCUUACUCGUUUUUGGUUAUUUUCAGCCGAACACGUUAGCUUCCAGCGACGAUGUUUUCAGUCCACUGUAAAGUUUUCUUCAUCUUACGACUAUGUCAUCUGUGGAGCUGGAUCUGCAGGGUGUGUCCUUGCCGAUCGUCUUUCGGUCAGUGGUGAAAACAGAGUUCUAAUUCUAGAGGCAGGACCAAAAGAUUGGACAUGGAAGAUCCACAUGCCAGCUGCUGUCAAGUAUAAUCUUUGGAAUGACAAAUACAACUGGUAUUACGAAACGGAACCACAAGAGUUUACGAAUAACAGGUAAUGCAGUUUUGGAGUGUUUUGAGCACCAAGCUUAAUCAAACAUAAAACUAUUAAAGGACAGUAACAAAGAUAAGUCUUAAGCUGGUGUUCGUAAACUUCCCCCCCUCCACCUGUGUCGUCAAAAAAAGUGAUAUAAAAUCAUAAAACAACCAAGCCUAUGCUCCCUGCCUCAAACCACUAGCACGCUACAGGUAUAGAGCCCCAUACUGGAAAAUCACUCCCACCUUCCUGCAAAUUGUUGCCCAAUGAAACAAAAUUUAGAAAAACAAAAGGAUAUUUUGCUCGUUGUCCACCAGCAUUUGAGAUUGAAGUUGUCGAGACGAAGUUUCAAAGUUUUAUGUGUCUCUCAUAAGAUGCCAAUUUUCUUCCAUACAGGCGGAUCUAUCAACCCAGGGGGAGGGUAUGGGGCGGAUCUUCGUCUCUAAAUGCAAUGGUGUACAUCAGAGGUCAUGCGUAUGAUUAUGAUCGUUGGGAGGAGGAAGGUGCUGAAGGAUGGUCAUAUGCAGAUUGCUUGCCAUAUUUCAGGAAAUCUCAGACCCAUGAGCUGGGUAGGUGUUCACUUCAUUUUUCGACUUCCACUGUAUUUUUUUUAUUAUUGGAGCGCCACAUCCCUUUAAUCCUGGUAGCCCGCGUAACGACCAACCGUACAGACCUAACAUCGGACAAACAGGGAUUAAAAGUCUCUAUUUUCUAAGUCUCAGUAAGGCACCACAAACGUUUCCUUACUGAAGCUGGGAUACUGCGAUAUUCUCGUUUUCUUUAGAUGAUGAUUUGCAAAAGCUUAGUAUUCCUGUGAUGACUCGUCCUUCCGGUGUCGUUUGCAAUCUUGAAGAUCUUUUGCGCAAUUUUUUUAUAGCCUUGUCGCGAUAGACAAAAGCAUUCUAGGCGAUGUAAAACCUAUUCCGUGAGGGACAAAAGUUCUUUAUUUACUAACACCGUUACCUGUUACCCUUAAUGGGUAAAGGAGGUUGUUGUUACGCAUGCUGCUGUUGUUUUUGUUUCAGAGGUCAUGUAAUGGACAAGUUAACAAUCUGCUCGUUCUCGCUUGUAGGCCCAGAUGAUUACCGAGGAGGCGAUGGACCGCUCCAUGUAUCCUGUGGUAAGUCAAAUGGUAACCCUCUAUACCAAGCAUUCAUUGAUGCUGGUGUCCAAGCUGGUUAUCCCUUCACAGAUGACAUGAAUGGCUCCCAACAGGAAGGGUUUGGUUGGAUGGACAAGACGAUCCAUAAGGGAGUACGAUGGAAUACAGCAAAUGCCUACCUCAGACCUGCACUUAAGCGCAAGAAUCUUCAAACACAAACAAGGGUCUUGACCUUGAGAAUUUUGUUUGAGAACAACCGUGCUGUAGGAGUGGAGUAUCAGUUGGGCAAUGAAAUAAAACGUGCUGGGGCCAGAAAGGGAGUUAUCAUAGCUGCUGGAGCCAUUAACACACCUCAGUUACUGAAUUUGUCAGGCAUUGGGAAUGCUGUUGAUUUGGAAAAACUUGGUAUUCCCGUGAAGGUUCAUCUUCCCGGUGUUGGUUACAAUCUUCAGGAUCAUAUGUCUGUGGCUUUUAUGCAGGUAUGUAGUAUUUAUCAAGGUAUUCCAGAGAGUGCUAUGCAAUCGUAAGUUAUCACACCACUGCUCUCUUGUUUCACGAGUGUAAUCAGCCCCUGACGCUUUACCGUACUCUGAAGUGGUGGAACAUGAUUCCAGUAGGAGUGAAAUGGUUCCUCACAAGGACUGGACCAUGUGCAACAGCACACAAGGAGGCAGGUGGCUUUAUUCGCAGCAAGGAGGACAUAUCGCAUCCUGACAUCCAGUUUCAGUUUGUGCCUCUGGGGUACAAAGAUGACGGUAGAGUGAUAUUCCAGAGGGAUGCCUUCAUGGUGGGUGAAAGAUAAGCUCUUAGGAUAUCAUGCAAAUUUUCAGGCGUAUUUCCCAUAACCCUUUAAAUCCUAAGGGUGACUGGCUUUCACAUAAUUUCUCCUAACGUAAAAGGAAAUGAUCGUUAAUUCCAGAAGUUUAUGAUUGUCAAACAAAUUCUCCUUGUCAACACCUUAGGAAAUAUAUAGAGAAUAGUAUGGAGAAUAUAGAUACUGAUGUAAUGGUGUAAAGGGUUUUGUUGUUGUUUUAUGUCUGUUUUUAACGUUUUGUCCAUACUUAAGAGGAAUUUUCUUUUGUUCAUACUGAAUACUAAACCAAGUAGAAUUUAUCCUUUCUUUAUAUUUAUCUGGCUAUGCGUAAAAAAACUUUCUCUUGGACAAAAUCUUGAGAAGAAGGAAAUUACUCUGUCAGUGUUGCCACACUUUCUAAAUUUCCGUCAAUUUCAGUGCGGUACUAUAAUACAUGGUAGUCUAUUUUAAAAAAAUAAUAGUUAUGAAAACGUUCUGAACGCUUUUGUUGAUCACGUUGUUUUAUUUCCUUACGAGAUUCACGUUGGCACCUUACGUGCUACAAGUCGUGGAUAUGUAAGACUGAAGUCCACAAAUCCAUAUGAUCAUCCCAGUAUCAACCCUCAAUACCUGUCCACUGAAGAAGAUCGGGUGGAGCUAAGAAAUGCUGUUAGACUUACCAGAGAAAUAAUCAGCCAACAGGCUUUGGAGCCAUUUUGUGGGAGAGAGUUAGAACCAGGUACUUACAGUGAAACAGUAUGAUGACUAUAAAAUGCUUUGUUUUAGCAGAUAUCUCAGCAGGUUUUAGGGUCUUAAUUUCCAUGAGAAUUAACUAAAAAAAAAAAGAAGCAGACCACUACCACGUCAAGACACCUUUUAGACCACUUGCCCACUAGGCGAUCCAUGUGUGCAUUCUUCGGUUUGUUACACUUUUGAUUCCUUAUUCCUUCUAUAGACAUUCUCCUUUGAUCUCCUGUGACUGGCUGCCUGAAGUUUGUUCUUAAUAAAAGUUUGUUUGUUGAGGUGUCUCGCACUUGUUGGUGUGAAAUGCUAAAUUACAGUAUGUUUGUUUGUACGCUUACAAAGGUGACCAUGUUCAGACAGAUGAACAAAUUGACGCUUGGAUACGACAGAACGCCGACACUGUAUAUCACCCAUCAUGCACUUGUAAAAUGGGUUCCGAAGAUGACCCGAUGGCUGUUGUCAAUAAUAAAACGGAGUUAUUCGGUGUGGAGAACCUAAGGAUUGUCGACGCAUCAAUCAUGCCGAGUGUUGUGAGUGGAAAUAUCAAUGGACCAGUAAUUAUGAUCGCGGAAAAGGCUGCAGAUAUAAUUUUAGGAAAUCCCCCUCUUCCUAAAUCGAGAGCACCAGUGUAUAAAAAGCCAGAAUAAAAAAGUUUUGAAAUAUAUGUGCUGGCUUUUUGACGUAAGAAUUAAAGUAGGUAUAUUAGUAGGUUUUUAAAACGUAUAAGGAUCGUGAUUCCAUUCGAGACAAAGUUUGUCCUAUCUCAAAAAAUUGUGGCUUGGGAAAGGUCUUUGUGUCAUUUUACUAAAUCGAAUUACUGUUAAGAGCUGUUUUCAGCUGGGGCUUCGAAAAACUAAACCAAAGUAAGCACAACAACCCAUCCGAGUGAAGAUCGACUUCAUUGGCCGGUGAGAACUCACCGCGGGAAAACGCGAGUAACCAAAUCAUGAUUAGUUUUAGUUUUAGAUUUGAUUAAUCAGUUGUGAGGGUGGCGCGAAUUUUUUAGGCCAAUCAAGCAAUCAUGGAUUACUUUCGACAUUUAAUUGAGAACUGCUCCAGUACCUUAUGGAAGAAAAUUCUGUUUUGAGAAACACUUCGAAAAAACAAUUUCGAAAAGAAUGAGCUAUCUACAGGUGCAAUUAGUUCCUCGCUGUUUGAGGAUAAAUAACGAAUUUAUUUUAGUUGUUAUAGUAUUGUGAACACGAUCUUUGCAGCUAACUUAUGAGUCGAGCAAAUUAUCCUGUAAAUUUUAAAACAGUGAACACGUGAACCGUUUGUCGUUUCUGCACUCAAUUCAUCAUUUAGAAUUUGCAAGUUAAUAUAUGGGACAGUGUCAUCGUUCAAGCUUCUCACCCACUUUUUCAAAGCUUUGUUACUCUUCCUCAUGAGCAUCAAACGGUGACAUCUGGAGGAAAAAUAAGAUCGAAGGCAGCUCGUCCAAGUGAAGUUGUAUAGCAUGGAAAAUAGACUUCAAAAGUCGAUAGAAGUGAGCUUUUCACUGAUGAAUUCGAAGCUCCUGUACUCUUUCAAAACUUCUUGAGGGACGACCUGCUACUGAGGUGGAAACGAUCAGCAGAGUUGCAGCUGGGUUUUUUGGCGCGAAAAUCCGAUGAGUGCCGAUAGAUUUCGACUCUCAACCAAUCAGAAACGAUUACUUAGAAACCAAGUGAACACUGCUUUAUCUUUCCAUGAUUUGUACUCCACAAAAUAAAUAGAACAUUUAUUUUUUUCUUGCUUUUGAUGAACUACUUACCAGUCUAUCAUAAAAUUGAAAGAAUUGGAGAACCGGUGACAAAUCAGUGAACUGUUUUUUGGACGUUUAGCGAUAGAAAGACUGGAAACUAGUACCUAAAGUUUACAUGUUCUUAGAGGUCCAAUGAAGAGUGAAAAAUGAAAGUUGCUGUAUUUUCUUAAAAAUAGAGUGUUUUACAUAUAUUAUGAACGGCAAAUUCAAUUUCAUUUUGACUGCAAUGAACCGCUGAUUCACUUUCGGUGGUAUGUCGUGACAUCAACCCGUGACAUUCUUCUGUGAUAUUGGCAAAUUAAAGUCGGUGACUCGACAAAAUUAAUACACUCCUGCAGGUGCAGGGGUUCGAGAAAUCCAGGAUAAAAUUUCAGCUAUACGUUGACACAAGCAACAGUGAUCUGGCGUUCAGAUAGCGAUAAAUUUUGGUGCUUGAUGUGCAAAACUUAUUAAGGUGAGUCUGUACAAAACUUAUUAGCAGGGUGAGUAUGUACAAAAAGCGAGAAAAAUCGCCAGAAUCACGGACCUUGCCGCAGGGUGUAGUUAGGGUCAAUUGAGCCUAUGUUAAAAUUUAGACCUGUAUCUUACAAUCUAUUGAUACAAGACUUGCCUUUAGUGGACGUUUGCUCAAAGUGUAAGCGAACACUUAAGAGGUAACUGCAAAGUCUGCGGGGUUAACUUAGGGUCGAGUAUUGCAGUAGACCUACUCUAGAUACACAACUCCCAUAAACAGAUACAAAUUAUUACAUAGACUAAAUAUACUUCUGCAUCAACCUCUCCCCCCUUCCCACCCUUGUUCGAAAAAAAGAAACACAAGGCAAUAAAUUAGAGUAUCUAGAGGUAAGUAUGAAACUAAUGGACCAUACUAGACUAUGGUUUUUAACACUUCCUUAUUUUGUUGCAGGUAUUGAACAUGAACAGGUUUUCCUUGGGGUUUGUUCAGAGCACUUAUAAGGUAUCCAGAAAAAAAUUUACCUGGAAAUUGACUGGUUAGUGUGAAGCCAAUUGAAAUCUUAUCGAUAUGGUUAAUUUCCUUAAAGAUAAUCUUCAAUGCAAAAAUUACACUCCUCCCAUCACACACCCUUACCAAUCAAACAUGUAGAAGAGGGUGGAUGGAGCCAUCCCUGAUUGACAUGAGUUGACCCUAUGUUGACACAUGAAGGAUUUGAUGCACUACACAAGAUAAGAUGCAUGUUACAGGUUGUGACAUGGCAUGGGGUAUGGUCAGGAGGUAACCAAUUUGGAUUGUUUCAGGUUUAAAUGAAUUGCACUUUCUCUGUGAUAACUGCAUAAAGAAGUUCUAAGGCAAAAUAAAGUUUUAGUACAUUUAUUAAGCUUAAAGAACCCACAAUUAGAAUAUUUAAUAAGGUGAGGAUAACUUAAUGUUCAGUGGUGAACUGUCAAGGAAAUUUGGAAAAUACUGUGGAGAUAACUUGUGAUGGGUGUAAGUCUAAGCAUACAGUUAAAUGAGCCAAAAAUAUGCCAUGGAAAGUAACCUUGCCAAACCAUGUGGCCCCAUGAGGUAAAGGGUACAUUAUCAUGCAGUGAAGUGAAAUUUAUUGUUUCUUAAUCUAACCAGGAGGCCAAGUGAUAGAAAGAUACUCUAAGUCAACCACAUCAUUUUCCUCCACCCAUGAAUACAUUAUCAUUGGUGCAGGAUCAGCUGGGUGUGUUCUGGCCAAUCGGCUGUCAGCUAAUCCAGAUUUAAGGGUACUCCUCCUUGAAGCUGGACCAUCAGAUAACACAUGGAAAAUACAGAUGCCAGCAGCCAUGUCAUAUAACUUAGAAUAUGACAGUCACAACUGGUUCUAUACAUCAGAGCCUCAGCAAUAUUUAAAAAAUAGGUGUUAAAACAAAUUUAAUUUUCUUUUCAUUUUCACACCAUUGCUAAUCAUAACAUUAAUUAACUUGGUGAUUCUGCAGUCCAACCAAGAUCUGUUAACCCUUUAACUCCCAAGAUCGGAUAGUUCCUUCUCCCUCUAGCUGCUUGACAUUUCCUUCCAAAAAAGUUACGAGAAUUUAAUGUUAGAUCAAGAUGACAACCUAUACCUGAUAAGUUUGAGUCUUCCUAUUACCUGUUUGCUGGAUAGUGUAUGGAUAUUGUAGUGAGAAGUUACAUUUUAAUCACUUCUGGAAGUUAAAAGGGUCAAGGAAGUAGGAUGGUAGGAGCCUGGGGAAAAAUGGGGAAUAUCAUGGGAAAGAUGGAUGGGGGGGUGCAGUAUUGAAAUUGGACUUAAAGUGGGUUAACCAGCUCUUGACCCUCAUGUAGAUUUGGUUAAUAAGCCACAAGUGUUUAUGUUUCUAGUCUGAAAUUAUUUUUGGUUUUCAGAUUUUCUCUUUGUCUCAUGCCCAAAGCAAAUGAAUUUAACAUAUAUUGUUGUCAUACAGAAGAGCCUACAAACUUCAGUCUCUCUUUCUCCUUCCCUGCUCAUUGGUUUAUCAUGUUUUGGAUACCCAGAUCUCAGCUGAAUUGAAAAUCUUGAUUGAAAUCUCCCAAUAGUCCAGUUUGCAGUUGUGUGCUUGGUCACCAAGCCUUUGAACAAGAGUGAGGCUAAGGGUGACCUUGUUACAAUACAAAUGGUGCUGCUUUUUAAAAGUAAAUUUUUUUGUUAUCAUGCUAGCUAGAUACUGGUCUCUGUCACAACAAGGUCACCUUCAGCCUUGCUCCAAAUCAAAGGCUUGGCAACUAAGUAAAUAACUAUAAAAUGGCCUAUUGGCUGUCAGAGGACUGGGCAAGUGAUGAGUAGAGCAGUUGAACAGUGCGUUAAUUUAUGGGUUUGAUUCUCACUGGAGGCUUUUUAGCUUUAACUCACACUCACCAGAGAUUUAUCAAUCUAUCAAAAAAUAAUUUUUAGUGAACUCAAAUGGCUGCUCUUCAUGUAUAUUGCAGGACUAUUUACCAUCCAAGAGGUCGUGUACUGGGCGGGUCCUCCUCAAUAAAUGCAAUGAUUUUUGCACGCGGACAUGCGUUUGAUUAUGACAGAUGGGAUAGGGAAGGUGCCACAGGAUGGUCCUAUGCAGACUGUUUGCCUUACUUCAAGAGGUUGGAAAGAUACGAACAUGGUAUGUUUGUGUUUACCACACAAGGACUUGAUCACCUCUAUGCCUUACCCAAUAAGUUUUUUGCUUUUAGCAGACACUUUCAUGUCAAGCGGUGUUUGUCUUCUCAAAUACACUCUUUGACACAAGAUGAGAGAAAAAAAUUAAUCUAUUUGGAUUUUGUUGGUCUAAAGCAAAUAAAAUUAUCUUAAAUUAUCUCAGUUACCCAGCAAAAUGCACUUUUAUUCGAUACAAAGCACUCCUUUAUAAACCAUGCACUAUCUAAACUAAGGCUGUUAGGUGGAGACAAGCAGUGUAACAGAAAAAUGUUUUGCUCAAAAAUGCAACACCAGUGACCACACCGAGGACUCGCACCGAACCUCUCAAUCGGUUUUCCGACCCUUCUCCGGCUGCUGUGUCUACCUCAUGGACAUGACGCGAGUUUCUGUGUUUAGGUGCUAGUCAGUAUCGUGGAGGAAGUGGGCCAAUGCGAGUGUAUCGUGGAACACAUUCUAAUCCUCUACACCACGUCUUCAUCGCUGCGGGUGUAGAGGCCGGUCACCCAUUUACAGAUGACUUCAACGGUUAUCAACAGGAAGGAGUUGGCUCACUGGAUCGUACUAUACACGAAGGGAAGAGAUGGAGUGCCGCAUCCGCUUAUUUGAAGCCAGCUCUUCCUCGGAAUAACUUAACGACCCGGACCAGAGCACUGGCAAACAGAGUGUUGUUUGAAAACGGUAAAGCCAUUGGAGUAGAAUAUCGGGUUGGGGAUUCAGUGAAACGAGCACGCGCCUCUAAAGAAGUCAUCCUUUCUGGUGGAGUAGUUAAUUCUCCACAGUUACUUAUGCUGUCUGGGAUUGGGGAUGAAACAGAGCUGAAGUCGCUGGGAAUACCUAUGGUGGCAAAGUUACCAGGAGUGGGAAAAAAUCUGCAAGAUCACGUCCAAGUGUAUGUCCAAUAUGUAAGUAACUAGCACCAGAUAACCUACAUGAUUGUAGAGAUCUUGAAUGUAUUUUAGGAAUGUAGAGCAUUGCACCAUUCACAGGAAUUUCAGCCCUUAUGCCGUUCAAAGUGGGUAAGUUUCUAAAGAAACUGUGGUGCUGCGUCGGUGGGAGAGAAUAACAGGGUAAUUUAGUAUUAUCAACUGAGUUGACUGAGUUGACUGAGUUAGCCCUUCAUCAGAGCGAUCGCUCUGACGAAGGGCUAACGCUCGAAACGUCAGCUUUUAAACUUUUUUACAGUGGCCAAUUAACGUUAUCAACUUAGUUGAUGAUACCAAAUUACCCUACUUAAGUUGUCACCCUGUUCACAGUGGCUUAUGAUCAUCAUCAUCAUCCUCAUCUUUAUUAUUGUUAUCAUAAUUAUUAUUGGUAUCCCUGUUACAUUUUAUUACUAAAAUCUACCUCGAUUGGAAAUAAUUUUUAUUACUACGAACACAACAGGAAAGCCUCAAGCCAGUGACGUUGAACAGUACGUUUAAACUGCACAACAUGAUACGAGCUGGCCUACAGUGGUUUUUAUUCAAGAAUGGAGUGUGUGCCUCUAACCAUUUUGAGAGCGGUGAGUUCGUUAAAAGUGAUCCCAGCGUGUCACACCCCGAUAUACAGAUGCAGUUUGUUCCUACUGCGAUGAAAGAGGCGGGCAGCUCUGAGAUUAUUCAACAUGGAUACCAGGUAAAACUGUCGACAAAGUCCUGCUUUGAAAACGAAAGAGUUGGCAACCAAAGGAAAAACGAAUGGAUAUAGGGAAAGGGAAGACGCAAGUUUUGCAGCUUGUUAUUUUUUGUUGCCGAGUUCGCAUCAAUUUCUCACCAGAGACUUCUGAGAACAGGCUUAUAGGAUAAUUACCUUCCUGAUGGAUUCUCUUUCAGGUUUGUGCUGAGAUUCUUAGACCCAGCAGCCGGGGCUUCGUGAAACUGCGAUCACGUGACCCACUUUCCCAUCCUGUCAUUCAACCAAACUAUCUGUCACGUGACAGUGAUCGUCGCUUAAUGAGGACCUGUGUGCGAAUUGCACGUGAUGUACUCAACCAGAAGGCCUUUGAACCUUAUAGAGGAAAACCGAUAAAACCAGGUUUGUAUAGGUAACAGUAUGGUUUAGAGUGCAAUUUAAAGUGCAUAAGCACGGAAAAAAAUUUCAGAUACCAAAAUUUGUAGUCUUGAAAAAUAAAUUUCAUGAAAAACGCAUUACAGAAAGUCAAAACGUUUUUGGCUUAAUAAUUUUCCUUUUAAACCACGAGUCACAUGAAAAAUGACCUGAAUGUAAUUUUUCUCUUAUUUUAUUAGAUGAUUUAUAAUGCUGAAGCCCUUUAAACCACGAGAGUGACCUAAGACCAUGUGAAGCAAACGUCAAACCAUGAUCAAGGAAAUGAUCACCAACUCAAGAAAACUUAAUUGUUAAACAAGUUAUUAAACCUUUUUGUCAGUACGAAAGGAAAUUUAUAGAGAGGAGUAUGGUGAAGAGUGGUUACUGAUGUCCGAGUGUAAAGGGUGUAAGGACCGGCAGUCGUUUUUUAUCUUGUGGGGAGUGGAUCGGAGAAUUUUAGGGGGAACAUCUGGUUUUCAUGGAGAACAGAGGGGGAGGUGGGGUCAGUAGUCGUUAACAGAGUAUAAGGGCGAACUAAAGCCAUGUUACUAAGCAAAAUAUGGACAUCUUGAUAAUCUUUAUGACCUACCCUUGAAUCCGUUACACCCUAGUUAUAUUACUUGACCCUGGAAUCCUAGAAAGAUAAAUUUUAAACUUGAUUUUUUCCUCUCAGCUAAGACUUGUGAAACCGAGGACGAAAUAGACGCUUUCGUUCAAGGAUACGCUAAGACUGAUUACCAUCUCUGUGGAACGAGCAAGAUGGGAGCCGAAGAUGACCCGAUGGCUGUUGUCGACGCGCAAACUCGUGUCUUCGGAGUCGACAAUCUCCGGGUCGUGGAUGCGUCUGUAUUCCCUAGUAUAGUUAGCGGUAAUCUUAAUGCUUCUACGCUCAUGAUGGCGGAAAAAGCCGCAGACUCUAUUUUGGGGAAGUCGCCAUUGCCUAAGGAACACGUUCCAGUAUAUGGGACAUCAUGACCUUUAGCUGUUGUUACAGAACUCUGAGUAGAGAUCGAUGAUUUAUAAACGUGAACCAGUCUUGUUUCUUCGAGAAAAGCCAUAUCUCCCCACAUGUCGAACGCUAUAACCAGUUCUGAUUUCGUGCAGACACUUUAAUACCUUUUAAUUCAUUUUCCUUUGUGCGAGUUGUGAUUAUGCAAAGAUGUGUCAUUCAUUGAUUACCGUCUUCUGAGCUCCAAGAUGCCCGGAGCCUUUGUCUAAAAACGAGGCCGAGUGCCAAACAGAUUUCAGUUAUCA